CUAGUACUGAACCGUGUCUCUUACUCUACCGUGUUUGUGCUUUUGCUCUUACCAAACGCUGACAACUGGAGAUUGUUGUAGUUUGCCAGCUGGACUUGUGCACUUUACUCCAGCAGCGAGUAAAUCAACAGUAAUCAUGAGUAAUGCUACACAGAGGAAAAGACGAACCACUUCAUGCUCCAGACGUGGCAACAGCAAGAGGAACCGGAGUCAGAUGUCCCAGGCAGUUAUGGAAACCAUUGAUGUGCUUGAAAGUGACAGAACUAACAGUGAAGAUGUGGUGGAUUUAACGUGUGAAGGGUUGGAGCCUGCGGUUGUUGAUCUCACCAAUAAUGAUUCAAUUGUGGUUGUGGAAGAGGCGGUUGUGCAAAGAAGACGUGGGCAGGGUACAGAGAGUUACAUACUGAGCAGUGAUGAAGAGGAAGAGUCCAGUCAAAGACUCAGUCCAGGUUUACUUUCCACUCUACAUGAAAGCUCCAGAGCCAGGUCUACACCCGGGGCAGUUAGCUGUCCUGUGUGCAUGGAUGUUUAUUCAGAGAUUAUUGACAGCGGUCGGCUCAUGGUCUCCACGAAAUGCGGCCACCUGUUCUGUAGUCAGUGCAUCCGCGACUCUCUCAGUAGAGCUCACAGCUGCCCCACAUGUAGAAAGAAACUCACAAACAAACAGUAUCAUCCAAUAUAUAUCUAAUGGUGAGAAAAACAACUCAGUCAGGCAUUGAGAUCAGCAUACAGUCAUAAAAAUUCUAGACAUUCUCAUGAAACUACUGCACUGUGUGGCGAGUCUAGCGCUUUCAUAUUUUAUACAUCAAUAGAGAGGUGACAUUUUGUGGGGGGGGGAAGCAACUUCCAGGAAAGUGUUUUUAAAAUGUAAAUGCAUACACUGUUUUGGAGUACAAGAGAGACUGAAAUCUGUAUUUGCACGAAGUCUCGGUUUGAGGACUUGGCUGCUAAUUAUUAUUAUUAUUAUUAUUAUUAUUAUUAUUAUUAUUUUGUCACUUAACUACACAGUUGAUAGUGUUGAGCAAUAUAGUUAAGGGUAAGGUCCAGUGCAUAUGGAAAAAAAAAAAAAAAAAACAAUGAACAACCUUCUUGUAAUGUUAGUUUAGUUUUAAGAACAAAAUAACUCUCUGCUUGGUCAGUCUCCAUUCUUGUUCAGUGAAAUGUGUGAGAUUUCUGUAUUGGUUUGGGAUGCAUCACCCUCAUACCAGCCUAGUUAGCUUUGUUAAUUGUUACUCACAAUUAACAUGUUGUCAUUUAUCAUUAGGACAUUGGAAUCUGCAUAUCAAAAUUAAUACACAGGUUCUGAUUGUUCAUCAACUAUACUGUAAAUUUGAAGGAUAAAACACUGCAUGGUGGUCAAGAUGAUGUAAAUGUUCUGAUUGUGCUUUCCAAGGAAAGGUCUUUCAAUGAACAUGAGCACUGUUAAACAGUGGUCUUGUAUUGAUUACUCAGUGGUCAUAUGUUUGAAUGGUAAGUUCACCGAGGGGACUAAAGCUUACAAGGAUGGUUUGCCAAUUGUGCAUUGCAAAUAUAAAUAUUUGUAUAUACUUUCAUGUGUAAAGGACCUGUAAGUUAGAGAUGUCAGGACCAUUACAUUUAUUUAAAACAUUGAAACAAUAAACUGAUUGUUUACUUCUA